AUGAAAAUGCAGUUUGAUUUAUUUUUAAUUUUAUUUAUACUCAAAAACUGGAGCUUCAUUUUGUAAAUGAAAAAGCAUUUUAUUAAUCCAUUUUAAUCUGAAUAUUGGGACCCAUUUGUGUCCACAGGGGGAAGCAGUAGCUAUUAGCGGCUAGCUGUCCCAGCCAUCCUUCAGUUAGAAAAUAUGUUUGUUUCUUACUGUUUUUUCUUCAAUGACUGAAGCAAAAUAAGUUUCUGUAAUUCAGUAAUUUCUUUCCCAAAGAUGAGACAUUGAUUACACAUCAGCAGGCGAACAUUUGUUCUGAAAGAGCUGCAUAUUUAACUUUGGUGAGGUGUCCUCAUAUUGUUCACCUGAUUGGCUAUCCUGUGACACCAGAUGUAGAAAAUGAAUGGAAAUAAAUCUAAUUAUACAUUUUAUUUUUAGAUAAGUUCAUUAAAAUAUCACCGAUUCACAACAAAUCUCAUUUGGGGGAAAUUUACAAAAAAAUCAUACAGAAAUACAGUCAGAUUCAAUCCUAGUUAUCAAACAGUUCAUUCUGGAUUCAGUUUAUUAUUCAAGUUGGUUAAAAAGUUUAAGGAAACCCAGCAGAUUGCAUCGAGUCAUUGACCUACAGCACCGACUCCUCCUGGGUGAGCAUGUAGAGAUCCUGCUUUCGAAUUGGACUGAAUGAAAAAAAUUGUAUAAGUGGUUUAGAUGUGAUGUUUGAAUUAAAUUAAAUUAAAUUAAAUUAAACCUUUUAUUCUAUUGAACCAGGUUCAUACUGUUGUUAACUGUCUUUAUUAUAGAAAUAAGUCGAAAUGAACUGAAAUGAAAUUCUUGAUGUUGAACUUUAAGAACUAAUGUAUAAUGACAGCAGUUCAUUCAAUAUGAUGUGAUUGUUAGUCUACAGUCUCCCAGGGACAUUAGACACAAAUAAGACCUGAUUUUCCUCAGCAUCUGACGCUGAAGGUAAUCAGAGGUCCCCAAAUGUUUCACUCUUAAACAAAUGGAGACAUAAACUAAUCCUCAAUCCAGCAUGAAUAUCGACAGAGGACGAAACAAAAGCAAGAUAAAUAUGGGGGCCUGUGUGUCCUGAAGCUUCCUUUCCUUCAAUCUGCUGUCUGACGGCAUUCAACUGAAACAGAGCAGGAGAUCCAAUCAGAGCGGGAGCUGGUGGAUGUUACAGAACACAUACUGUGUACCACGAUCAGAGUUGAUGUUCAGCUGAAUGAUGAGUGUUUCCUCCUCAGGUGAAGGUAGAAGGUGUGAACUGAGCAGCAUGGAUCAGUGUGAGGACAGAGAGGACAGAGUCCCUCCUUCUAAAACCACUUUGUGUGGAGAACAUGAGGACCAGGGCAAAGUUCAGAGGAAACUACCAGAACCAGAACCUGGACAUGGGCCUGAACCUGGACCUGAGCCUCAGUCUGAAACUGGGUCUGAAUCUGGGCCCAGUAUUGUCUCCCUACACAGUGACUCCUCAAAGGGUCAUCCAAUUGAUUUUAAACCAGACCAGCCGACUAGAAAGAGGAAGCAAGCAGAGCAUGAACCAGAACCUGGGCCCAGCGGUGUCUCCCUACACAGUGACCGCUCAAGGGGUCGUCUAAUUGAUUUUAAAUCAGACCAGCCUGCUAGAAAGAGAGUGGACCAGCAGAACUCAGAGGUUCCCAGUGGUCUGUCUGCCCAGCAGCAUCAAACACAGCUGGACUCCAUAUUUAUGGAGCUGGAACAAAACAUGGUCACUUUUUUGAAGGAUGAGCUGAAGAAGUUCCAAAAAUUUCUAAGUCCAGAGUGCUCAGAGAACCAGUGGGAGGAUGAGGAGGAGUUAAAGGGCGAGGAUAAAGAGCAGAGGAGGAGCAGCAGAGAGGCCUUACUUAACAUCACUGUGAACUUCCUGAGGAAGAUGAAGCAGGAGGAGCUCGCUGAACGCCUGCACAACAGCUCUCCUGUCACCUGCCAAAGUAAUCUCAAGGCCAAAAUGAAGAACACAGUUCAGCACAUGUUUGAGGGGAUUGCUAAAGCAGGAAGUCCAACCCUUCUGAACCAGAUCUACACAGAGCUCUACAUCACAGAGGGAGGGACUGGAGAAGUCAUUGAUGGACAUGAGGUCAGACAGAUUGAAACAGCAUCCAGGAAACCACACAGACCAGAAACAACCAUCAGACAAGAAGACAUCUUUAAAGUCCCACCUGGAAGAGAUCAACCAAUCAGAACAGUGAUGACAAAUGGAGUGGCUGGCAUUGGGAAAACAGUCUUAACACAGAAGUUCACUCUGGACUGGGCUGAAGACAAAGCCCACCAGAACAUCCAGUUCAUAUUUCCAUUCACCUUCAGAGAGCUGAAUGUGCUGAAAGAGAAAAAGUUCAGCUUGGUGGACCUUAUUCAUCACUUCUUUACUGAAACCAAAGACGGAGGAAUAUGUCGUUUUGAACACUUUCAGGUUCUGUUCAUCUUUGAUGGUCUGGAUGAGAGUCGACUUCCUCUGGACUUCGACAACAAUAAGAUCCUGACUGAUGUUACAGAGUCCACCUCAGUGGAUGUUCUGCUGACAAACCUCAUCAGGGGGAAACUGCUUCCCUCUGCUCUCCUCUGGAUAACCACACGACCUGCAGCAGCCAAUCAGAUCCCUCCUGAGUGUGUUGGCAAGGUGACAGAGAUCAGAGGGUUCACUGACCCACAGAAGGAGGAGUACUUCAGGAAGAGAUUCAGAGAUGAUGAGCAGGCCAGCAGGAUCAUCUGUCACAUAAAGGCAUCACGAAGCCUCCACAUCAUGUGUUGCAUCCCAGUCUUCUGCUGGAUCACUGCUACGGUUCUGGAGGAUGUGUUGGAGACCAGAGAGGGAGAAGACCUGCCCAAGACCCUGACUGAGAUGUACAUCUACUUCCUGGUGGUUCAGACCAAAGUGAAGCAGGUCAAGUAUGAUGGAGGAUCUGAGACAGAUCCACCCUGGAGUUCAGAGAACAGGAAGAUGAUUGAGUCUCUGGGAAAACUGGCUUUUGAUCAGCUGCAGAAAGGAAACCUGAUCUUCUAUGAAUCAGACCUGACAGAGUGUGGCAUCAAUAUCAGAGCAGCCUCAGUGUACUCAGGAGUGUUCACACAGAUCUUUAGAGAGGAGAGAGGGCUGUACCAGGACAAGGUGUUCUGCUUCGUCCAUCUGAGUGUUCAGGAGUUCAUUGCUGCUCUUCAUGCCCAUCUGACCUUCAUCAAGGAUGGAGUCAAUCUGCUUGAAGAAAAACGGACAAUUGUCAAAAAGUCUAAAACAAGAAAGCACGAAGAACAGCACUUCUACCAGAGUGCAGUAGACGAGGCCUUAAAAAGUCCAAAUGGACACCUGGACUUGUUCCUCCGCUUCUUUCUGGGUCUUUCACUGCAGACUAAUCAGACUCUUUUGAAAGACCUGUUUACACAAACAGGAUCUAGCUUAAAGACCAAUGACGAAAUAGUCCAAUACAUAAAGAAGAAGACAAGUGAGGAGUUGACUGCUGACAAUAUCAUCAAUCUUUUUGACUGUCUAAAUGAAAUGAAUGAUUGUGCGCUUGUUGAAGAUGUCCAACAGUCCCUGAGCUCAGGAAGUCUGUCCACAGAUAAUCUGUCUCCUGCCCAGUGGUCAGCUCUGGUCUUCAUCUUAUUGUCAUCAGAAAAAGAUCUGGAUGUGUUUGACUUGAAGAAAUACUUCAAUUCCAAUGAGGCAUUUUUAAGGUUGCUACCUGUUCUCAAUGUGUCCAACAAAGCACUAUUAAGUGUCUGUAACCUUUUGCCAAGAACUUGUGAGGCCAUUUCCACAGUUCUAAGUUCCCAGUCUUCUCAUCUGAGAGAGUUAGACCUGAGUAAUAAUGACCUGAAGGAUUUGGGAGUGGAACUUCUAUCUGCAGGACUCGGGAGUAAAGAGUGUACUCUGGCAACUCUGAGCCUUUCAGGUUGUCUGAUCACAGAGGAAGGCUGUGCCUUUUUAGCCUCAGCUCUGCACUCCAACCCGUCCCAUCUGAAAGAACUGGACCUGAGCUACAACCAUCCAGGAGAGGAAGGAGUGAAGAAGCUCACUGCACAGGAUUCUCCCUGGAAACCAGAAACACUCAGGGUGGAGCCUGCUGGAGUCCGAUGGUUGGAACCAGGUCUGAGGAAGUAUUCCUGUCAGCUCACAAUCGACACAAACACAGUGAACAGAAAACUCCAACUGUCUGAAGACAACAGGAAGGUGACUGGUGUAGACGAGGUCCAGUCAUACCCUGACCAUGAUGAAAGAUUUGAUUACUGGCCCCAGGUUCUGUGCAAUGAAAGCCUUCCGGACCGCUGUUACUGGGAGGUUAUGUGGAGUGGGAAGGUUGAGAUAUCUGUGAGCUACAGAGGAGUCCGACGUAAAGGAAACAGUAAUGACUGUGAGUUUGGAUUUAACAACAUGUCCUGGAGUCUGAGUUGCUCCGAUGAUGGUCGUUAUUCUGUCUGCCAUGAUAACAAAAGGGAGUUCAUCUCCCUCUGCUCGUCUUCUGCUACUUACCACAAAGUAGGAGUAUAUGUGGACCAUCCAGCCGGCACUCUGUCCUUCUUCAGAGCUUCUUCUGCAACACCGAUCCAUCUCCACACCCUCAAGACAGAAUUCACUCAACCUCUUUAUCCUGGUUUUGGGUUCUGGACAGGUUCUUCAGUCGCUCUUUGUUGAGUUAAGUAGAGUUUACUCAUAGGGAUGGAAAAACCUCCGGACCUGCAGCAAACACAACACAGCUGAGUUCAAAAUAUAAAAAGAAAUAUUUUGUGUCAUCCUAGAAGAAACUGAAAGUUGGUUCCCAUAAUCUUUGGAAUACAAUUAUCACUUUUCUUUCUAUGUCCACUGAAUGUAUUCUCCAAUAGUUAUAAUUUAAUUAAUAGAUUUCACUUUAGACUUUACAUUUUUAUCACAUUGUAUAUAGGGGGGUGGGGGGACAGUUGAUUUUGUAAGUUUGCUACAACAACAUGAACACUCUCAUUUGUAUUGUGGUUUAAAUCCAACAUGGAGACAAAUGAAUGUAAAGCACCACAUAAAUAUUAAAAACUGAUUUUCCUUUCAUUGAGUGAAAUAAGCUCUUGAGUCCCAGCAGGAUAUGAAUGAAUGAAUGUUUGGAAACGCAGCAGUCAGGUGUUUCUGUAUGGCCACUCUGACACUUAAUAACUAAUAGUUCUUCUCAUAUAAAUACAUGUUUUUUAGAAGUGAAGGAUACCGUUAAAGUGAUUAUUUAUGUGUUAAGACUGAAAUAAUUAUUCCGGAUUUAUGUAAUUGUUGUUAUAUGAUAUGUCCAAGUUGUGUACAGUGACCUUUGCAUUAAUGAAGCUGCAGUCCUAGUGAGUUAGCCUCUACAGUCAGCAUUAUCUCCACCAUCUGAUGGUUUAAUAACUCUAUACAAGUGAAUAUUUAUAAGCUCUAACAGUUAUAACCUCACUAUCAGAACCAGGGUUUAGUGCUGCCCUCUGCAGUCUUCUAAAAUAUGACCUCCUUUUCUCAUAAAGGGAUGAUAUUCAGAAACAUUUCUCCCACCGAGCUGUCAUAAUGCACAGUUGGUAAACCUUUGCACCACAUCCAGCUCCUGAGAAAUGUUGAUCGAUCUUUGGGCGAUCCAGUUGUUGUACCCCAGCCACGGGAUAAACAUGAACUCUAACUGUACACAAAUGGGGAGACUGGUGGGAACUCUGGAUCCCUUGGUGCACCACAUUAAACUACUUUAGUACGGCCCAGGAAGGAGGAGUCAUAGCUGGAAUCCCUGUGAAUCCCAUGGAGCCACUAACAUUCUUGUUCAGCAGAACGGUUCACGUACGAGUUUGUGUAAGGCAGAGAAAAUACGUUUAGGAUAAAACAGUCUAAAUAUUGUUUAUUUCAUGGUGUUUCGGUUGUUUCUGUUGCUAAAAGCUAAACCAUAGUUAUUGUUCUGAGUUGUGUUUUAAAGUUGAGACAAACUUUAUUUUAAUGAGUGGUUUAAACAUAGAUUGGCCAUAACGCGCCACUGGUUCUCAUAUACACCAUAAUAUUUGAAUUAGUGGCAUUUCAAUCACAUUUCAAACUAAAGGUUGCUAAAAAAACUAUUUUUCUUUGGUAACUAAAACCGCUAACGGCUAAUGCUCGCGCCAGGAGGGUCAAAUAUUUACAUCUGACUUGUCGCCAUCUUGUGAGAGUCCAUAGAUGUUCCAUUUUACAACAAAUCAUACUUCACAAUAUUAUUUUAUUCAAAUAACAUUUUAUUUACCUUCUGAUUUGCAUUGAGAUGCAUUGUUUUUUUUGAACACAUACCGAUUAUUGUUAAUUAGCUUUAAAACUAAUCUGACCUUAUUUCCAAAUCCCUCAAAAUAAACCUUGGUUCUCAAAGAUAAAUAACACUGAACUGUGACAUCAUUGCAUCAGUUUGUUGAUAUUUUUUAAACAUUUUAUUUGUUCCCUUUUUUCUUCAUUUGUACAUAGUUUAUAAUUUUUCCUACUCCUUUAAUUUGCUUGAUAGUUUUUGUUGAAUUGUUUUAGCCUAUUAAAGAGUUUGUUGACUGAAAUGUUUAACUUGGAGUUGAAUCACUUCUGUUAAUACAUUUUUAUAUUUUGAAGAGAAGUUGUUGAAUUUAUUCCAAAUGUGUGCAGAGUUUGCUGUUUCACCGCCCACCUACUUACAAAAACUCUCGUCUUUGAGAACAUUUGGUCAAUAACUUCAGUUAUAGAGCCUUACUAGCAACAACAGACUGUAUCAGAAUUAGAAUUGUUUUUAUUGUCAUUAUGUUUACAAAGGAACAUAUAAUGAAACUUUGUCUGGGGCAUCAUAACUUCAAUGGCAUAAUAGAGUAAAACAACACAAUGUAACAAAAACGUAAGAUAAAAUGUAAUUGCAGUUAUGAGCAAGAAAGUACUGUAAGUAGUGCAAUAAAGCAAAGUAUAUGUUUAGCAAUGAUCA